UUGACGUCUGUUUUGGUGAAUGUCUUCAAAGCUGUCAUUCAUUUGUUUGUCUUAAGAGUGAAUCAAAUGAUGAAAUGAUUUAAGAUUUAAUCGUCAAUUCAAUGGUAUGUUUGGCAAUGCCUUCACCACUGAAUACACCAACAAAUGAGAGACAAUUAGUUGGCAGUGAGUUGUGGUCUCUGAAGACACCCGAAGCAGAGAUGAGUGGACUUGAGUUGAGCGCACAUUCAGUCGAUGCCAUCGAUUCCAGCGAUACUUCUUCGCAUCACAUGAGCUCUAAGUCCAUCCCAUUGAUGGCUACAAUCAGUGAUCACAACAAUCAAAGUGUGGCAACAAAUGACAUAUCAUCGGAAAGGACACGAAUGUCUCGAUUGGGUCUAAAUCUGGACUUAAGUGACAAUCGGAGUGAAGGCCAGAGCCGUAAGAAACUAUCGAUUGGUUUGGUCGGCAACGGAGGACUGUGUGGAGGACUGUGUGGAACGCCUCAAGAGAUCGACGUUUCCGUUGCUCUUGAAAAACAGGGUUGGUUUCACGGAUACAUCAGUAGAACAGACGCCGAGAACGUGUUGCGGACCACCCGAGUGGGCAGUUAUCUCGUGAGACACUGUCUCAGCUCUAAACACCACUACUUAGUGUCACUCAAGUGUGUCCGAGGGUUUAUGCACAUCAAGAUUGUGGAACAGAGUGACGGCGCCUAUACUUUCGGCACUUCCAGCAUGUCUUUCAACAGUAUCCCACAUAUUGUCAACCAUUACUGCAUUAAUCGGUUGCCAAUUGUGGGCGCAGAGCACAUGUCGUUAUUAUAUCCAGUUAUCGAUCAAUUGCUCUAAAACUCAAACCCAACACAUAUAUAGAAACCGAAUAUUUUGAGAUAUAAUUAUAUAAUUCUUAUACAAAAUGAC